AUGAGCGGCUUCCGUGGGAUGAUGAAAGAUGGAUGGCAUCCCAAAGGGAAAGAAGGCGGCAAGGAAAGCUGGCGGGGCGAUUUCAAGGGAAUAAACCAGGUGGCUGGAUGGGUAGGCAAAGGCAAAGACCAAAACGCAGACCAAGCCGAGCAUGUUUCGCGACCUCUUUCAUCGCUUCAAGAUCCAGCUUCGUUUGGACCACCUCCCAGGCGCAAUACGGCGGGCACUACCACUGUAUCCUCUAAACAGACAGCAGCACCGACAUCAUCGCCAACACCAUCACGAGAACGGCGAGGCCAGGUUGCUCCGUUGACGACGAACCAGGUCCAACAGUAUCACGCCCCGCCUGAAGAAGAGAGACCGUCGCCGCCGCCUCUGCCAUAUCGAGUUGAUCGAACGGGACUUUCUACAGAUCACCUUCCUCCACCCCCUGGUCGAAAUACAGAUAUCUCAGCACAGCCAGCUACCGCUCCGAGUUCUAGGCUAGGGCUUCCUCCCCGCUUGCCAGCGCGAGACCCCGCGUCGGCUCCUCCUCCGCCGUACUCGGAAACUGACAGCACAGUGCAGAUAAACCAGGGCGCAGUCUCACGUUUGGGACAAGCCGGCGUAUCCGUACCGGCUCUGGGGAUCGGUCGGAGUGGAAGUGAGCAGUCGAAUACGGCACAGACAAACCUCAACAAUCAAGUCAAUGAGCUUCAAACCCGGUUUGGGAAUAUGACAACAAAUAAAUCACAUGGCCCGCAAAAUUCGCCAAGCCAACAGAGUCCAAACGGUGUGCCUACAGAUGGGACUACGCUUGCCGAAAAGCAAGAUGCGCUGCGUACCGCGCGGAACGUACACAGUGACCCAUCAUCUGUAUCAGCUGCUGACGUCCGCAGCUCAGCGUCGACAGCAAACAACUUCCGACAGCGCCAUAACGAUCAAUUCGAAGCUGGCAAGGAGAAAUUGAGUGCUUUCAACCAGAAACACCGGAUCACAGAGCGUAUACAAGCUUAUUUUGAAAAACCACCGGCAGAAAACGGACAACAAACCGAUCCGCCGCCUCCACCUCCACCUCACCCUAGUCUCAGUCGUCAGAGUUCGAAUAUCGAUGUGGAGGCACUCAAUAAGAGAAAACCCCCACCGCCGCCUCCGCCAGCGAAGAAGCCUGGAUUGCAGUCGAAUCCGGUGGGAAGCUCGUCUCCAUCGCCUCCGCCAUUGCCAUUAGGCACUAAACCUCGAUGA